GCUGAACCGAUACAUGCAAUUCGUGAACAAAAAUAGUGACACAGUCUCUACGGAUGAGUUUAUGAGGAGACAGAGACAACUGAGACGCAAAGUUAACAGAGGAGCUCCUAGACUCCUCUUCAAACUGAAGAGUGACGAUGGUUUUGAGAUACAGUCUCACUCUUUGCAAGAAGUCUGGAGCAAAGUGUUCGAGGAAGUAUGGCUAAAAAGAGUGGAGCGAGGCAUCCUACAGAAGAGCAUUUCGCCUGCAGAUGGGGACUUGAUUGGUGGUAACUGGAGGGUGUUUUCCAAGAUUGACAACAUGAACAGUCUCAAGCUGUCCGGCCUCAGUUUUGACAGUCUGAUCUUUCUGCUGGAACAGAUCCCAAGUGCCAAGUUCUGCAGCAAGUACAAGUUUAAGUUCUUCAAUCUGAAAGUGCAGCCGCUGCAGAUCAACGAGUCGGGGUGUGCGCGAUGUGAGCCGAGAGAAGACACUCGGACCGUGAUUGGGCGACGAGACAUGUUCAGCUGGCUGUCAUCUCGCAAUCGGAGGAAGUCAGAGUGCAAUAGCCAAUCCAUGGCCGAUCUGGAGUACCAGUUUGCAAAUCUAGACAAGAGGAAAACGACGAGUGAGUACCCAAUCCAGAUGAGAUACAGGAACCUCAAAAAGACUGCUAAGCAGGUGUGUGCAGUGUUCAAGUCAGAUAUUCACGGCAGGGGUCUCUACUCUCUACAGGCCAUCUUCCCAGACGAGAUGAUCAUAGAGUACACUGGGGAGAUCAUAAGGGCCAUACACACGGACAAGAGAGAGAACUACUACGAGAGCAAGGCGCCGAUUUACUUAAACCUGGAGGAUCUAAUUUCCCAAUAGAAUACGAGUUAAUUGGACAAUUAAUAGGUCUCGUGAAUCAAGGCUCAACAUAACACAAAAAGUUCAAUGAAGUUUAUCUUGCUCUGAUACUUAAGUUGCUCUGAUACCGAGUUAAGUUGAUUUCUUUGCUUUUACAUAAGCAAAGCCUGUGUGAUAGUAUGAACUCUUUUUUUCCAAGCUAAGUCGCAAAUAUUAGUGUUCAUUUUGGAAGUUCAUUUUGAUCAAUAACUAGCUAUUAAGUACAGCCAAUGCUAAGGAUUUUAACACACACUAUUAUUACAAAUAGCACUUAAGCUUCAAGAUAUCAUAGAUCUGUAGCGUAGAGGUAGGGGAGGAGACCUGCAACAUAAGCAAAGCCUGUGUGAUAGUAUGAACUCUUUUUUUUCCAAGCUAAGUCGCAAAUAUUAGUGUUCAUUUUGGAAGAGUUCAUUUUGAUCAAUAACUAGCUAUUAAGUACAGCCAAUGCUAAGGAUUUUAACACACACUAUUAUUACAAAUAGCACUUAAGCUUCAAGAUAUCAUAGAUCUGUAGCGUAGAGGUAGGAGAGGAGACCUGCAACAAGA